GGUUGAAGAGCCAACGAGUGAACACCUCCUCCUCUCCUGUCUCUCGCUGCAUAUCAAAGUGCGACCAAGAUCAGAAGUAUGGCAACCCAAGGUCAACCUACGACCCCACCCGAAGCAGUUCCCAAGGAAGAGGUCGAGUGAGACCCAUGCUCCAACAAGGAAGUGAGGUCCAGACGCAGCAUGAAUCACGUUUUGGACGAGGAUUUGAAGAACUUCGUACCCGAGCUGAAGGCUUGGAUAAACAAGGGCAAUCUGGAACUGCCCGAAGGUUUUUCGUAAACUACUUUCAAUUGCAAAUGAAGAAAACUAUUGAAUUUCGGCUGUAUCUGGUCACAUUUGAUCCGGAGAUCGACCACAUUCCUAAACGGAAAGCAUUGGUGAGGAUGCGGGAGGCAGAUAUUGGACCAUAUCUCUUCGAGGGAACGCAAUUGUUCACCACGAGAAUCAUUCCAAUGGAAAAUUUAAGAUUCGAAGCUUCCUUCCCCGACAAAACUGAGGAAGUUUGGACUGUUAAUAUUGACUUUAUUCGGCAAUGUGACCACAGGGAGCCUAUCGUCACCCAACUGUAUAACGUCCUCGUUAAGAAGGCUCAAGAAAAGCUGUCCCUUGCACUGCUAGGUCGCUACUAUUUCGACGCUGAACAGAAGGUCGACUUUGCUCAACAUCGUCUCCAGCUCUGGCCCGGCUUUGUCACCUCUAUCCGGCAGAUGGAACGCGGCGUUUAUCUCAAUGUGGAUUUGACCUUCAAGGUUUGUCGGACUGAGACAGUUUAUGCUCUAAUGACGGCAAUACGCGAGAGGUCACAAGGAAAUUUUAAACCGGUAAUCGAAGCCGCCGUAAUUGGAACUGUCGUAAUGACAGCAUACAACAAGAGAACCUAUAAAAUCACCGGCAUCAAGUGGGACCUCCGACCCACCCACUCCUUUACUGUGAGUCGUGGAGGCAUUGAAACCCAAAUUACUGUUAUGGAAUACUUUGCAAAAAAAGGGAUCCAACUUCACCCCGCACAACCAAUGUUAGUAUCCAGCCCGACGAAACGAGACAUUCGCCGAGGCGACAUCGGGGACAAGAUCCUUCCUCCCGAGAUCUGCUAUCAAACCGGAUUGAAUGAGGAGAUGAGGGCUAAUUUCAGGUUGAUGAAGGAUUUAUCUGGACACUUGCAUAUGCAACCACAACAAAGGAUUCAGCAAACUGUCCAGUUUGUUCGCCGGAUGAUUGAAAGUAAUGAUGUAACUUCCGAAUUGCUGGCCUGGGGAAUGCGAAUGCAAGGCGUUCCGUGCGAAGUUCAAGGACGCCAACUGGACCAGGAAGCACUCUGCUUUAAGUCUGGCAAUGUUAGUUUUGAAACAGCAGACUGGACGAUGGCAUUCAGAACAAAUCAAAUGUUGUUGGCCAAACCACUUCGAAGAUGGGCAAUUUUGUAUCCUAGCAGAGACGCAGAAGGGAUCGAUAACCUCUUGAGAACAAUGGAUCGUGUCGGUCGGCCUCUUGGAUUCCCAGUCUGCAAUCCUAUGCAGGCUCGGGUAAAUCCACCUAACGAGUCUGGAUGCACGAAGGAGAUUGACCGUUUGGUUGCUGAAAAUCGAGGACAACUCGAUAUGAUUAUGGUUAUCCUACCCUCUCCCAACCUAUCCGUAUAUGCAGCAGUAAAGAAAGCCUGCUCGCUGAAUUACGGGAUCCCGUCGCAAUGCUUUCUAUCAAAGAACGUUGCCAGCAAGGGACUCAUGUCCAUCAGCACAAAGUUGGUCAUUCAAAUGAAUGCCAAGUUGGGUGGGCAGCCCUGGGGCCUAGCUAAUCCCCUCAAAGGGUUGAUGGUAAUUGGAUUUGAUGUGCACCAUGGAGGUGGACGAAGUUAUGGUGCUAUGACGGCAACGACCUCACAAAAUUUGGCGUCAUACUUCUCAACAGUUCUGACUUUAUCGCCGGGUCUUGAAAUGGCAGGAGAAAUAGGAUUGUCAUUGCGAAAGUGUCUGCAGGCGUAUCGAGUCCGAAACGAAGGAGAGCUACCCACUCGCAUCAUGUUUUACCGAGAUGGAGUGGGUGAGGGGCAACUUCGAUACGUGGUGGAGACUGAAUUAGUGGCACUGCAGAGCUCAAUAGCUGACUAUUACGCGAAUGUUGGAGAACCAAAAUUCUCAAUGGUCAUUGUGACAAAGAGGAUCAAUACCCGAAUCUUCCUAGCUUUGGGAAAGGAUAACAGGGUCUCUAAUCCUAGCCCCGGAUCUAUCGUUGAUGAUGUUAUUACCUGUCCUGAGAAAUAUGAUUUCUACCUGGUGCCACAGUCGGCUCGACAGGGCACGGUCUCACCCGUUGGUUUUAAUAUUAUCCACGAUACUUCCGGGCUUGAUGCUGAUAAGAUGCAGCGCUUUGCGUUUAAACUCUGUCAUGGAUACUUCAACUGGAGUGGAACAGUUGCUGUCCCUGCGCCCUGUCAAUACGCCCGCAAACUCGCCUUCUUGACCGGCACGGCCCUCCUCAACGAAGCUCGUGACCCUCUCCUCAAUAAUUUGCAUUAUUUGUAAUCACUAAAUACAAUCGCAAAUUAUGGAUUUAGUUUAAACCCAUAACCAUUAAUGAAUUGUUACUCAUCGACAAGUCAAAUUGUUCAUUUUUCCAGUAGUUUGUAAUAAUUUUAAUAAUUUAUUAUUGCUAUUUUAUUUAUUUGAAGAUAUUCAUGCUAAUAUUUUUUCGAAUUCUUGUCAUAGUUUGUGAAAUCAAAAAUCAUUAAUUCAUUUACCGUUUUUUAUGUUUAUAAGAGGUGAUAAUUGAUAACGUUUCGUUUGUACGGUGUGAUUUUCUAAUCUUGGUUUUCAUGUUAGUUGUUACAUGUAAAAAG